AUGGUGAACCUCAAUUCCCCUCACAUCGUCCUCCCCGUUGACGCACCGUCGCCCCCGCUUCCUCUGUUUCCCCGUCGCCAUUGCCCUCCCGUCGCCCUUACCCCUCUCCCCUCCCGUCGCUUCCUCGUCAACGUCGUCGAGCCUCAUUCCGACGCUUUUUUCACCACUCCGACCACCCUCUUUUUCCGUUGUCGUGUCCCCACCACUCCCCACUCUCCUGACAGGCGCGCCCACGGUUCCCCCCACCGUCUCCCAUGCUUCCCCCCACCGUCUCCCAUGCUUCCCCCCACCGUCUCCCAUGCUUCCCCCCACCGUCUCCCAUGCUUCCCCCCACCGUCUCCCAUGCUUCCCCCCACCGUCUCCCAUGCUUCCCCCCACCGUCUCCCAUGCUUCCCCCCACCCUCGCCCACGCUUCACCCCACCCUCGCCCAGGGUUCCCCCCACCGUCUCCCAUGCUUCCCCCCACCGUCUCCCAUGCUUCCCCCCACCGUCUCUCAUGCUUCCCCCCACCGUCUCCCACGCUUCCCCCCACCGUCGCCCACGUUUCCCCCCACCCUCGCCCACGCUUCCCCCCACCAUCGCCCACGUUUCCCCCCACCCUCUCAUCCGCCCUUCAUCUCAUCCUCCCGUCCUCACAUCCUCGUUUCCUCUCAUCCUCCCGUCCUCUCAUCCUCCUUUCCUCUCAUCCUCCUUUCCUCUCAUCCUCCCUUCCUCUCAUCCUCCCUUCGUCUCAUCUUCCUUUCCUCUCACCCACCCUUCCUAUCACCCACUCUUCCUCUCAUCCCCCCAUCCGCCCCACCGUCGCCCACGCUUCCCCCCACCCUCGCCCACGCUUCCCCUAGACGGGACAGGGGAGUGGGGGAGGCGGGGCAGGGGGGGCAGGGGAGGCGGGGGGUACCGUCCGCCCUUCCACUCUCCAUUCAGCUCUUUCUCCAAGCCUCUCUCCACCCUACCACUCUCCCACCCACUCUGUCUUUCAUCCUCCUGCCCCUCCACCCUGCCGCCCUUUUUUUCAAGCUGCCACUUUCCGAUCUUCCUGUCGGCCGCCUUUUCUGUCCGACCCACUUGCUACACCCUACUUGA